AUGGCUGCUCCUUUCAUCUUGAUUGUUUUCUGUCUGAUUACAUCCCCUCCGUCUGCAUCUUCAUCAUCAUCAACUCAUCAUAAUGAUUAUAUCACUUUAAAUGAAGGAUCAUCUCUCUCCGUAGAGAGGCCAGAUCAUGUUUUGAUUUCACCUAAUGCCAUUUUCACAGCUGGUUUUUACCCAGUUGGGGAAAAUGCUUAUUCCUUUGCUAUAUGGUUCACUGAACCCUCUUGUUCUAACUGUCGCACGGUAGUCUGGAUGGCUAACCGAGAUGCACCCAUUAAUGGUAGAAACUCAAAGCUAUCUCUGCUUAAAACUGGAAAUCUCAUAUUGACUGAUGCUGGUAAAUCAGUUGUUUGGGCCUCCAACACUUUCUCACUCUCUUCAUCUUCAUUGCAGCUUUAUGAUACUGGCAAUCUCGUUCUAAUCACUACUACAAACCGCGUCAUUCUAUGGCAAAGCUUUGAUGCACCUACAGAUACCCUUCUUCCUCUGCAGCCACUCAACAGAGACUCACUUCUUGUUUCUUCAAGAAGCUUGACAAACUUUUCUUCUGGUUUCUACAAGCUAGCUUUCGAUGACGAUAAUGUUCUUCGUCUUGUUUAUGAUGGUCCUGAAGUUUCAAGUGCUUUCUGGCCAGCCCAUUGGCUUCUGAGCCGGGAAGCUGGGAGAUCAUCGUACAACAGCAGCAGAAUCGCUUUACUUGACGCAUUUGGCAAUUUUACUUCAUCAGAUAAUUUCACUUUCUUCUCUGCGGAUUAUGGAGUUCAACUUCAGCGAAGAUUGACCCUUGAUUUUGAUGGUAAUCUUCGACUGUACAGCAGAGAGAAUGAGAACGGAAGCUGGGUAAUUUCAUGGCAAGCCUUUGCUCAACCAUGCAAGAUUCAUGCAGCUUGCGGACCUAAUAGUGUUUGUAAAUAUGUUCCUAGCUUUGGUAGGAAAUGUUCUUGCCUCCCAGGAUAUAAAAUUAAAAAUCCUGCUGAUUGGUCUUUAGGAUGCGAACCAGAAAUUUUGGUUUCUAGUGUUGAAACCGAGGUUAUAUUCAUUCGAUUACCUCACGUUGAAAUGUAUGGUUAUGAUUUUGGUUACUUUGAGAAUUAUACUCUGGAGAUGUGCAAGGAAGUAUGCCUACGAAGAUAUGAUUGCAAAGGUUUCGCAUUAAAAUACGUCUUCCAGAACCACCCCGACAACGUUCCUUAUUGUUUCCCAAAGUUACAAUUGCUAAAUGGAUAUACUACGCCAAAUUUCAGAGGAGAUUUUUACUUGAAAGUGCCAAAAACAAGUCCUUACAAAGACUGGUCAGCUAAAGAACUCACUCUAGAUUGUCCUGCUGAAGCUACUAAGCAGCUUGAGAGAAGGUAUGUUAAAACUGAUGGAAACAGGUCAGAAAAAUUCUUGCUUGGUUUUGUUACUGCAGUUGGGAUAGUUGAGAUUCUUGCCAUGGUUUUGGUGUGGCUGUACUUCAUUGGAAGCCGGCAAAAGAUAGAUGCAACUUCUGAAGACUACUUUCUUGUUGCUACUGGUUUCAGAAGAUUUACCUACUCAGAGCUUAAGGAAGCAACAAGAAAUUUCAGUGAAGAAAUUGGCAGAGGAGCUACCGGAAUUGUCUAUAAAGGGAUAUUAGAUGAUCAGCGAGUUGCAGCAAUCAAACGACUACACGAUGCUAGCGAAGGAAAAGCUGAAUUUCUAGCAGAAGUAAGCACUGUUGGGAAGCUUAAUCACAUGAACUUGAUAGAGAUGUGGGGAUACUGUGCAGACGAAAAGCAUAGGCUUUUGGUCUACGAGAAUAUGGAGAAGGGAUCCUUAGCUAAAAACCUCUCUUCCAUGGAACUUGAUUGGAAAAAGAGGUUUAAAAUUGCAUUGGGCACUGCUAAAGGCCUAGCUUAUUUGCAUGAAGAAUGCUUGGAAUGGGUUCUACAUUGUGAUGUAAAGCCACAGAAUAUACUUUUGGAUGCUAACUAUGAGCCUAAGCUAUCAGAUUUUGGUCUAUCUAGGCUACUAAGCAGAGGUCAUGAGCUUCACAAAUCAAGCUUCUCAAUGAUAAGAGGAACAAGAGGUUACAUGGCUCCAGAGUGGAUAUUUAAUCUGCCCAUCACUUCCAAAGUGGACGUCUACAGCUAUGGGGUGGUGGUGUUAGAGAUGGUGACCGGAAGGAGCCCGUCGAUGGCUGAUAAUGGGGGAGAGGUGGAGCACAAGAGGUUGGUCGAAUGGGUGAAAGAGAAGAAACAUGGAGCUUCUGCAAAGAGUAGUUACUGGGUUGAAGAGAUCACAAAUCCUGCCAUUGGAACGGACUAUGAUAGGAAGAAAUUGGAAGGUCUAAUUGGAGUGGCAUUGAAGUGCGUGGCGGAAAGCAAAGACGCUAGACCCACCAUGAACCAAGUAGUUGAGAUGCUUCUAGAGAUUGAAAAUCAUCAUUAGGCAAACUGAGAAUUUUCUUCUACAUUGUAUCUACUUUGAAUUCAAGAUAUAUGAUAGAAAUUGAUAUUCAAAAUCGGUAAUAUCGGCGAGACAUUGAUCCAUAAGUAUGUUUUUCCCUAGCUAAUCAACUAAUAUUAUACAUAUAUGUAUGUAUA